AUGGCUCAGAAUGGUGAUGCACAGCCAAAUGAAAACCAGAAUGGUGGUGAUUCACAACCAAAUGAAAAUCAGAAAGCCGCUUCACUGGAACAAGAGACUGAAGUUGAUGAAUUGCUACGAUACCGGAGGACAUCAAAGACACCCCUUGUUUGCAAGCUAGAUUCAGUUCGCAAGGAGAUUUUAGGACUUGCUGUUCCUGCAGUCCUUGCUUUAGCUGCUGACCCUGUGGCUUCUCUUGUGGACACAAUGUUCAUUGGUCGUCUUGGUGCAAAUGAUAUUGGUGCUGUUGGAGUUGCAAUUGCCAUAUUUAACCAACUUUCAAGGAUUACCAUGUACCCCAUUGUGAGCAUUACCACUUCCUAUGUUUCUGAGGAAGACACUAUGGAAAGAUUGGGUAUUGAAGCAAAAGAGGCAGAGGCCUUCAAGCUUCAGAACUUGGAAGAAGGUGCUGCAAGAAACGCUGAAACAAAAGUGGCUACGCCAGAAAAUGGUGAAACAAAAGUGGCUACACCAAGUAAUGAUUCUAUUGCAGUAUCAAUCAAGUCUCCCUCUGUCACUAGUCCCAAGGCUGCACCUCGCAAAAGGGGGAAGCGAAACGUUCCUUCAGCAACAACAGCACUUACCAUGGGCACACUUCUUGGUGUGGCACAAGCUUUGCUACUUAUGUUUCGGUCAAAAGUUCUCUUGAGGAUCAUGGGUGUGAAGACUGAUUCCCCUAUGUAUGUACCAGCAACCCAGUACUUGACACUAAGAGCACUUGGUGCUCCUGCAGUUCUUCUCUCCUUAGCUAUGCAAGGGGUCUUCCGAGGCUUUAAGGAUACCAGAACUCCUCUAUAUGCCACAGCUAUUGGAGAUGGAAUGAAUGUGGUUUUGGACCCCACAUUCAUCUUUGUUUUGCAUAUGGGAGUCAGGGGUGCAGCCAUUGCACAUGCUCUUUCACGGUACCUAAUUGCUCAUAUUCUUUUCUUGAGAUUGAUUCAAGAAGUAAAUAUCUUUGCUCCAAAAUGGAGGGAGUUACAAUUUGGUCGGUUUCUUAAAAAUGGUUUUCUGAUGCUGUCAAGAGUUAUAGCUGUGACAUCUUGUGUGACCUUUGCCGCAUCAUUGGCUGCAAGGCUUCGCCCUACUCCAAUGGCUGCAUUCCAGAUUUGUUUGCAGGUCUGGUUAACAUCCUCACUUCUUGCUGAUGGUUUGGCUAUUGCUGGACAGGUAGGAAAUGCCUUUUUUUUCCCCAUCAAGCUAGUUAAUUUUUAUAUUAGACAAGAAUUAUAUUUGGUAGUAGAAACUGCCAUCCGGGUAUCACAGAUGGGUCUUGUUGCUGGUUUUGGGCUCCUUGUUCUGGUUGGAUCUGGUUUAUACUUUGGAGCUGGAGUAUUUACCACUGAUAAAAAUGUUCUGCACCUUAUGUAUUUAGGCAUUCCGUUUAUUGCUGGAACACAACCAAUAAACACCUUUGCUUUUGUUCUUGAUGGUGUGAACUUUGGAGCAGCUGACUUUGCAUACACUGCAUAUUCAAUGAUUAUGAUGGCUAUUGCAAGUAUUACCUCAGAAUACCUCCUUGCUAAAUACAGAGGUUAUCUUGGAAUCUGGUAUGCCUUAGUUAUCUACAUGGGAUUGCGUACAAUUGCUGGUGUUUGGAGGGUGGGCGCAGCAACUGGUCCUUGGCGCUCCCUCAGGGGCCGUUUGGUAACGUUGUUUGUAUUUUUUGGAAAUACAAGUGAGUGAAAAAGUGUGUGAAAAUACAUGUAAUGCUGUUUAAAAACUCUUAAACCACCCUACCAAACGCCCCUUUAGCAAAGCAACAAUAAUUCAUAAAAUCACAUUCUCUAACUCAAAGAAUCAAGAAAUUAAGAGACUUCAAAUCACCCCCUACACCAAAAAGUAACCCCAAACACCACAAAAGUUUCAGAUCCUAUAGCAUCUACCAGAAAGAGAAUAUAGAAAAUCAGUCAUACCCAAAAAGCUUAAAUCCUAGCCAAUGAUCAACAAAGAGAAUCUUAGCUAUAAGGUCAUACAACACAUCACCUAGGAUCGUCUAAAGUAAAUCUAUUCCAUCUAUACAUUCCUUUACGAAAUACCCAUUUACAAAAAACAAAAUAUAAUCUAGAAUCACCUAAAGCUAAAUCUCAAAUUGUUGUUCCUUUACAAAAAUAGCCAUGUAUAUAAAACAACAUUAUCUAGAAUCAUCUAGAGCUAAUCUAUCACAUUUUUUGCUCCUUUACAAAAACACCCACGUAUAAAAACAAAAGGGAAUCGUAUUAAUUCCUCUCAAAGUUAAAGUCUUCUUUAUAUCAAGAAUCUAUAAGCAUCAUCGAAUAUUAUCACCUAAAUUAGAGGCUGAAAUUUUUAUAUAAAAAAUAAAGAAAUAUAAGCCUUAAAUUUAUGACCCAAAAAAAUAUAUCUACUAUUUUGACCAAUAGAAAAAAAGGAACAAAAUUUAACUUCCAGAUUUCUCGGGUUGUACGAACCAAUUAAAAAACAGAGACUUUUAAAAAGAAAAAUUCCACACCUAUAUUUUCCGUCCUUUUCCUUCAUUUUCAAGGCAACCAAACAGGACCUAGGCAAUCGAAUAUUUUAUACUAUAACACACCCGCACAGUAAUCAAAGCCUAAUUUUUUUUUUUUAAAUCCAACAACUUUUGUACUCCUUCGUUUUUCUCCACUUUCUUGGAAACCAAACAAUAAGAAAAUUAGUUCAAGAUCGGAUCAAAACGCAAUCGCACUAGCCAAAACCAGCUAAAAAAUCUCUCUCAAAACAACAAAGAGAGAGAGAAAGAGAGAGAAUCAAAACAAUUUUCUUCUCGAGAAACAAGCAGUUCAAAAUCAGCUAAAAAUUCACUCUCAAAACAAAUUCAGAAGAGAGAGAGAAAGAGAGAGAAAUUCCAAACAAAUUUCUUCUCGAGAAACAAACAGGUCAAAAUCAGCUAUAAAAAAAAAAAUCACUCAAAACAAAUUCAGGAGAGAGAUUCCAAAUAAUUUUCCGUUUCCUUUCCUUUUUCCUUCGUAUUCCUCCACUUUCUCAGCAACCAAAACCACGAAACCAGUUCAAACCCAG